UCUGUAACUUCCUGCAUGGUGGCCUGCUCUGUACUGAUAAGGGAUGGGCUCCCAGACCUGUGCUGUUGUAGCCAUGUUGGCAGGGAUGUUCAUGGCAAGUUAGCCCAGCUCUUUGGUCGGCAGUUAGCAAUCAAACAGCGAGUCAAGAACAACGGCUAUCCUCUUGAUAACGAACUCAACCAGUACCCCAACCUGCGACAAUUGCUGCAUGUCGUAGACAUCCAAGGAAAUGCACGAGAGAGAAUGCUGGACAAGUUGCAGGACUUGUCGCUCCUGUUGGAAAUGACGGAGUACGACAUCAGGUCUCAGGCCAUUCACUGCGAAUGUGAAGAGAAGACGGUGAAGAGGCUACUGGUUGCCUGCAAAAACAUGAAGAGAGCAUAUCGAGCUCAGCUGGAUGGAGUCAGUAGUAACAUGAAGGACGUCUCAGACAAGGAGCCCACUGACACCAGUUCCUGCACCUCCAACAGCCCCGAGAGCACCAGCCCCAAACAGAAGCGUACCUCCACCUCCUCCAUGGGCUCGGCCUCCUCGGAGCCACCCGGCGUCCACCUGGUGCCCCGUACCCCACCCCCUUGCCUGAUCGAGCCCCACAGUCGCAACCAGUACACGGUCACCCCGCCCCCUACCCCCAAACAGUGGGUCAAGAACAAGACCGCCAAAGGCACGCCACCGCCCAACAAGAAGAUGAUCACCGUCAACCUGCCGGUGCCUGAGCCCCAGUUGAAGCGCAGCAAGUCCACCGAGGCGUCGCUGCCCCACCGGAUCGACAUUGAGGGUGGAGGCUCGUUAUCAAGGAUGCGAGGCAGUAAGAUCCCGCCUGUCCUCAAGAAGCAAUCCUCGGGUGGGAGCUGCGAGGCUAACCUGAACUACUCCCGUCGCUUCUCUGAAGACACCAUGGAUGGCCGAAACAUGUCACCCCAGAAGGGCAUGUUCAACUCCACCUCUACAUUUGAAACGGGCAAAGCCAAGUCACCUCCUGUUGGAUUAUUUCAAAAAGGGAGAACACCGUACAAUGGAGCCAUCUCGCUAAGCAAAUCCGAAUCUUGUCUUAGAACAGACACACUGGCUGUUCCCCCUCGUUCUCCCAGAGCCCCCCGGAGCAACAUGGUACAUUCCAUCAAGCACAGAUUUAGAAGAAAGAAGUUCUUUCCUCGAUUGACAUGUGACUACUGCCACAAAAUCAUGCUUCACGGUUACAAAUGCAAAGAUUGCAAAUAUGUUUGUCACAACAAGUGCCAGCCGUUGGCAGAGAAGGUUCGCUCCUGCGGUCUGCCGCGGGGUUAUGAGCAGGUCUUCAAAGACUCCUACGAGUACGAGAAGUUCGAGAACAGAUACGGAAAAGGUGGGGUGCCAUCGCCACUUGUAAUAAGAAGAGCAGCCCACUCGGAGGCCAGCCUACCUCAGCCUGGCCAAGACCAUCGUUACCCACUGCAGGUGCCGGCUUUCUCCCACGGCGAGUCCAGCUCCAACCCGUCCUCCACCAACUCCUCCACCUCCUCCAGCCCAGUUCCCUUCACCGCCUCCUCUUCCAGUACAACUCCGCCCACUCCAGCUCACCCCUCACCGCACGUUGACCACAACAAACCACAGUUUCAGUUUCCAGAUGUUGCGCCAAAUGGCCUCCUGAACCCUAACUUUGACUCAUACCGGGAUGCCUUCCAUGCCUCAAUCAACAGUGAUAAAACAAUUACCCUAGAUUCGCACAACUCAAACGACUCUCAUGAUCCAUUCACGGAUUCAGAGAGGACUUUGCCAGAAAAGGUAGAAUGCAUCGAUGAUGUGGAUAUGGCGGACCAAGUGUUGCACAGGAAGAACAGCCAUAAAUCCAAUGUGUUAUCGGAGUGGGACAUUCCCCCGGACCAACUUGAAAUCACCGAAUUAAUUGGAACGGGGAGAUUCGGACCAGUCUACAAGGGCAGAUGGCACGGCGAUGUCGCUGUCAAGAUGCUAGAUAUUGACAUGAGUGACGAGGAACAACUGCAGGCUUUCAAAACAGAGGUCUCCCAGUUUAAGAAGACGAGGCAUGACUACGUUGUUCUGUUCAUGGGCACCUACCUGAAGCCACCCCAGCUAGCCAUUGUAACAAGUCUGUGCAGGGGGAUGACACUGUACACAAGACUACACCAGAGGGGGGAUCGGUUUGGAAUGAACAAGGUCAUCGUCUUGGCGACGCAGAUUGCACAGGGCAUGGGUUAUCUACAUGCCAAGGGCAUCAUUCACAAGGAUCUCAAAUCUAAGAACAUCUUCCUGGAGAACGGCAAAGUGGUCAUCACAGACUUCGCCCUGUUUAGCAUCAUGAGGCUAUCCAGAGAGAGCAGGCGACCUAAUGUGAUGGUCAUCCCAGAUGGUUGGCUGUGCUACCUAGCCCCGGAGCUCAUAAAAGCCCUGCGAGUGGAUGCCAGUGGGAGUUCUGACAGCGAGUUGCCCUUCUCCACCUCAUCGGACAUCUACUCGUUUGGCACUAUUUGGUACGAGCUACUAGCUGGCUGCUUACCAUUUCACAAGGAGUUGGCAGAGUCCAUUAUCUGGCGGGUGGGAAAAGGCAUCAAGCAGCCCCUCGCACACCUCCAAGCGUCCAAAGAUGUCAAGGAUGUCCUAAUGAUGUGCUGGAAUUAUAACCCAGAGAAGCGACCGGAAUUCACCGACAUCAUCAAGACUCUAAACAGAUUACCCAAGAAAAGGGGUGGUCUGCACAGAAGCCCCUCCCACCCCUUACACCUGUCACGCUCUGCAGAAUCCGUCUUAUAGUGUCACUACUUUCUCUGGAGGGUAGUUUGUGACUGCAGAAAACUGGAAACCAUAAAAUGGAAAUGCAUUUGUAAUGGGUAAUGCCUGAAAUUGGUGUGAAAAAAAUGGGAGAGAAUUUCUAAUUCCUUAUAUAUGUCUGUGUAAACUUAAAAUCUGUGUCCAUCUUGGUCUUGUUCCCGUAAGUCACUGUGGUGAUUGCUUAAAUGCUAGUUUAACUACUUAUUGGCACGAGUCUAUCAGGGUUCUAGUGCACUGUUCUUUGCCGCAUUUGUUUCAUUGUCACACAUAUGCCUAUCAAUUCUGCCUAUCAAUUCU